AUGACUACCGCAAUGAACUCUCAUACCACCUCAAUGUUCGCUCCUGAAAUGAAAGGAUUACAUGUCAUAGAGUUUAUUACUAAUGAGCAACCUUACCCUGCUGAAAAGUUAAUUGAAAAGCUGCAAGAAUUUCAAGCAUCAUUUCAAGAAGAAUACGAAGAUUUCAGUGUUGGAUCAUCCAAAAUGCAUUCGUCGUCCCAUCAAUUCUCUGUUCCGUUUUUUGGGCAGCAACAUGAUUCUCGCUUAUUUGAUGGAAUUGAAUCCACCGCUGAAGACGAUUUAGAAGCAGGUGACGAUAAUGAAGUUGAAGCUCUCAUUAAAAAGAAUGCAGUGAUCAAGACCGCGAUAGAAAAAAUAAGAAAGGCAACCGAAGAACAAGAAAAGCAAUUACGCGAUAAGGAGGAAGAAUUGCAAGAAUUAUACGAAACUUUUGCCGAAUUAGAAGAAGAGUUACAAGUGAUCACUCACGAACAACCUCAUAUUAUGACCAAAUUUGAACGAAUUAGAGACAAAGCCAAUACUUUUAAUUAUCUUAACAUUAUACUGUUUAUUAUGGAAGACUCAAACGAGCAAUUAAUCAACGUUAAAUUUCGUCCUUCCACCGGUGACGGCUUUGAUUAUAGAUUUGAUCCUGGGCAGUUAACGGUUCAACAGUUAAAAGAAAAACUUGCUUUACGUACCACUAUACCUGCUAAUAGUAUGCGAUUAGUUUACUCUGGGAGGGUUCUGAAGGAUGAAGACAUGGUAGACCUAUAUGGUGUUAAAGAAGGUCAUACAAUACAUGUGGUUCGAGGAGCAGAUAAUCGUGCGGCCGAACAAGCUGCUAAUGUGCCACCAUCAUCGACUGGUCAAAGAAGUACCAAUUCUGCGACAACAAAUCCUUUUGCCAAUUUCGAUCAAGAUUUAAUGAGAAGUAUGAUGAAUUCACCAAUGAUUAGGCAUCUCCUCUCUAAUCCAGAGAUAGUGAGAUCCAUGGUGAUGCAAAAUCCUACUAUGAGACAAAUGAUAGAACGAAAUCCCGAGAUUGGUCAUAUUAUUAAUGACCCAUCCUUCAUCCGUCAGACAAUGGACAUGGCACGUAAUCCUGAAUUAAUGAGAGAAAUGAUGCGUAAUAAUGAUCGAGCUCUCGCGAACCUUGAAACAAUACCAGGCGGUUUUAAUCAUUUACGGCGGAUGUACCAUACCUUACAGGAACCACUUGAGUCUGCCGGUAGAAAUAAUGAUCAAUCUUCAGAAGCAGCAAACCGACGUCUAGCUGAAAUGUUGAAUGUCGAAAGUCCUCCAGAGGGACGCAUAAAUGUUACACCGUUGCCAAACCCAUGGGCACCACGUAACAAUAACAAUUCGUCAACAUCAGGGAAUAUAACAAGCAUGUUUGGAGGAAUACCAUCUUUCGGUAUUAUGGGUUUCCAAAUGCCUUUUCCAUCGCCAUCAUCAGCCUCCAGGAUUGCAAAUUCUACACAAGGCUCCACUACUCCAUCAACGACCCAAAACUCUCAGACAAAUGAGACACCUAAUGCAACGUCUCUCACGAAUGCACCUGGAACCACGCAAAAUUUUUCUAAUAUUAAUAUACCUCAAAACUUAUCAAUGUCAACCGACCCCGAAUACUCUAGACGAAUCCAGCAAGUUAUGCAAAGAUUUAUGACUUCGUCACAAUUUGCAUCUCGUCAGCAAAUGCCCCAAUCUUAUUAUCCUACAUCUCUUUUCGGAUCACCCAAUCCAUUUUUCACGAAUAUGUCACAAUCGCUUGGAGCAUCACAAACAACAACUUCUGAACCUCCUGAAACGCGUUUUAGGGCACAACUACAAACUCUUGAAGAAAUGGGUUUCAUGGAUCAAGCUGAGAAUAUAAGAGCUUUACUAGCCGCUGGUGGUGAUGUUAAUUCGGCCAUUGAAAUGCUCUUACGAAAUCUGAAUUCAGCAUAA